CCGAAAUUGACGAAGUCUCAGCAAUUCCUAGUCCAUCCUCGACAUAGACCAGUAGGGAUUACCUAUGGAAGGAGGAAAGACAGAGGGGCAUUCGAAGCGAGAUCGUCAGGCUACUGGCGAUACACAGGUACCGCGACAACGUCAGCCAUCGUCAGGGUCAACUCUGUCAGGGAUAUUUCAGAGCAAAAAGUCUCAGCGUAGACAUCAGUAUACGAACGACAUACAAGACUACGAGCUGUUGAGCGAUAUCGGGGGUGUCGAUGACAUAUCAUACUUGUAUCUGGCGCGACAUAUACCCACUGGCGAGUAUGUUGCGCUCAAAUACACCGACCUGACCCUGUCCCCAGACUACGAGCUCAUCGACGAAUUGAUUCGCACCGUGCGAAACACGAAUCUUUGCAAACACCGCAAUAUCUUACCGUAUUGGACAACUUUUGUUGAGAACGAACGCAUGUGGAAUGUAACGUAUCCCAUGAGAGCGGGCACUUUUCGGAAUAUCAUGCGGAACCACAUCCAUGAAGGCUUUAGCGACACUGUUGUCGCCACUGUGAUGCGAGAAGUUCUAAAAGCUAUCAUUUACAUGCACGACAAUAGAAUGAUACAUAAUGAUAUUCGUGCAGAUAAUAUCCUUCUCGACGUGCGGGGAGAGAUUCGCCUCACGGGCCUCCGUAAUAUGGUGUCCCUAGCCCAAGGGGGAGAGUACAUCAAAUCGGUGUUCUCGCUAGUUGGCGACAAUAUUGAAUGGGCAGCUCCAGAGGUUAUGGCACAAAACUCGAAUUACAACGAGAAAGCGGACAUAUAUAGUUUUGGUAUAACUGCGUUGGAGUUGGCUUUCAACCGAACUCCGUUUGACGACUGGCCGCCGUUGAAGAUUCUGUUAAGCAAACUAGAGUAUGCCUGUCCCGCAGUAGCUUCGGAGAAACUUUUGUCGAAAGACUUUUACCGUAUGGUCAGCGCUUGUAUCCGAAAAGACCCUAACAGAAGACCAACAGCCCGUGAACUAGCAGAGCACGUUUUCUUCAAGAGCGCAAGGAACGCACGUUACUUAGAGACCCACAUUGUGCAACGCAUAAUAGGUGGUUACAAACAAGACCCGACCGCAACGGUUUCGACGUAUAGUGAAACUCCGCAUGUCACUCAGCAUGACACCCAAACGGACGCAGAGCAGAGCACGGGGAGCUUCUCUAUAGCGCAGUCGCUGCAUGCGUUAUCACAGGCUAGCAAGGGAUCUAAGAAGAACUCACCUCAUGCGUCGCGCGAUAAAUCAGUCGCAGGAAGCGUGGAGAGGCUGUCAGUUGCCAAUAAUCAGGUAGUUCCUGCAUGAAUAAUUGUUCAGGUACUCGCGGCAGCGACUCCGGAUGUAGUGUAUUGUAUUAUCUAAGUUGCACUAGUCCGUUAGUCGCCUGGUUGCCGACCGUAUGAUGCGCCGGGCAUCAUUUCGGACGGCUGUACCAAAGGGCCUUCACCUUCAGAGCAUUUGCUCCACAGCAUUGAAGAGAAUAGUGCGCUCUGCCUCAUUGAAAUUAUAUAGAUCUUCAAGAUCUGCACUCGGUUGCUACAAGCUAUAUAAUUUAUUCAAUAAAAAACUUAAAUAUAUCGGCCGG